UAUUUGCUUACCGCGCUACGGCGCUAAUAUAUUACGGGGUGUCUAUCUGCAAAUGCGUGGCGAACACUAACACCAAAACCAUUUGGCCAUUUCCGCAGUCGAUGAACCCUUACCUUGAGCUUCUUCAAUUGACAACUUUCAAACUUCGUUAACUGGUUAUGCACAACAGCACAAGUUAUUACUUCACCCCUUCAAGAUCUGAGGAGCCCAGUCCGUAUUUAGUUAUCCCUAAUUUAUUUCCGGGCAUUAAUGGAGGACGAACUGGCAAUCAGCGAAUGUUCUCCCAUUGCCACUAGAUCCGACUCAAAGGUUACUGCUUUACUUCUUGUUGGGGAGAGUGAAUAGUUAUAGUCAUUCAGUUAUUAUCUAUGUGUUUUCAGGCUAAGAGAGCAAUGGCGGGACUUGUAGAAAGAUCGGAACUUUAUCACAAAACAGUGAAAGUGAGGGGUCUUGAACAUUAUGCAGAAAUAAAUCAAAAAGGUAAUUGUAAAGAAACUGAAUGUUCUUCUCAACCCAACAGAGAGGGACUGCUUAAGAUUCAUGGGAGGGAAGCUUCCAUCAGUCCGGUGAAUAUGGGAGGAUGUGGCUUAGGUCUAAAUGCAGAAGAUGUUUCUAGCUCAGUCAAUGUUGACCCUUAUUAUCAUCAACAACAGAAUAGUAUAGGGCAAACAGCAAAACCAAGGGAUAAUAAUGGGCAAAAGAGAAAAAACGAGAGGAUGAAGAGAAAGAUAGAGCUUGCAAAGAAAGAACAAGCAGACAGGUUUGCUAAAAUUGCAGCCCCCACCGGUUUGCUGACUGGACUGAACCCCGGGAUCAUUAACCAUGUGAGAAACACCAAGCAGGUCCAUUCCAUUAUAGAAGCCCUUGUGAAAUCUGAAAAGUAUGACAGUAAUUUAAUCCUUGAAGGUAAACAAGGUAAGAGUGGUGGAGAAAGAAAGGAAUUAAAGGAUAUUGAAAAGGGGACAAUGAAUGCUUUGUCAACAGGGAUGCAUAUCAUUGGAUAUUCAGCACCUUCUAAUGAGUGUGAGCUUGAAGGUGACAAUGGCAAUUCAUGUAUGAUUGGGAAAAGGACAAAAUAUCUAUCAGACUGCAAUGGUGCAAAUAGCGUUGUGUCUAAUGAUGAUGCAUCAACGAACGUAGCUGAUGUUACCGCCCUUUCCAUUAAUGCUGCUAGAGUUGCAUCACAGUGGUUGGAACUGCUUAAUCAGGACACUGAAGGCCGCCUUGCUGCAUUAAGAAGCAGUAGAAAGAGAGUAUGGGAGGUAAUUCAUACAGAAUUUCCUUGCUUAAUCACAAGGGAAUUCUCUUAUAACAAUAACAGUAAUCCACUACAAGAUCCUGGAGGAUGUGAGAAAGCAGCCGCACAUCAUGCUAGAUGGAGUGCAUUGUUUUUUCAGCUUGAUGCAUCUCUAUGUGAAGAAGAGUGUCAGCUGGUAAGCUGGCAAAAACAAGUACAAGAAAUGCAGUUGCAAUGUGAACACGGGCUUAUCAAAUAUACUAAUAAUAAUAUGGUGCCACGCGGUUCACCUCGGCUUGCUGCACUGCAAAAUGACAUCAGACUGGAUAAAGAUCCAGGAAGGGAUUUAGCUGUUAGAGCAGCUGCAGCUUCCAUUUAUUCAACUUGCAAUUUUCUAUCAUCAAUGGAAAAUCAAAGUCUUGUUUAACCUUUUUUUAUUUGGAAUUUCACAAUCUUGUUUAAUGUUUGGUUCGCCGGAUGAUGUUAUGUUGCCUUCAGGAAUGACUAAUGAAAUAUGUAUUUUUUUUGUUUAGUUGUGUUUUGAGGAAUAUUAGCAAGCUUAUUUAAAUAUUUAAUUGGAGUCUUGGAGAAACCUGUAUAAAUGUACAUUGAAAUAAUAUCUCAUGCUUUU